GAGAAUAAAGAAACUUCUCUGAGAAAAGCUAUGGCGGAGUCGAAGAGAGCAGCGGAGGGCUGAGGAGUAAUCUUCCCCUAUCCUAUCGGAUUUUCCGCCGGCACCAGAAUAUUCUCUAUCAUCGAGGUAACGGAGUGGUGGUGUAGGUGUUCGUUUCUGUGGAUUGUGUGCGUAUGGGGGCAUCGCUGUCGAGUUUGACCUUGAAGGAGUCGGCCAACGCCGGACCUGGCCUAGGGGACAUACCGGAGAACUGCGUGGCGUGCGUUUUCCUUUAUCUUAGUCCGCCGGAGAUAUGCAACUUGGCUCGGCUGAACCGCGCCUUCCGUGGCGCCGCUUUAUCCGACGCGGUUUGGCAGUCUAAGCUUCCCUCCAAUUACCACCGAAUCCUCCAGAUGCUUUCGCAUCCAGAUGCGAAUGAAAAUCUCUCCAAAAAGGACAUAUUUGCGCUCCUCUCCCGCCGGCUUCCGUUCGACGACGGAAACAAGGUGUUAUGGGUGGACAGAUUUACGGGAAGAUCUUGCAUGUCAAUAUCAGCCAAGGCAAUGUCAAUAACUGGAAUCGAUGAUCGAAGGUAUUGGAAUUGGAUACCGACAGAAGAAUCAAGAUUUAACGUUGUCGCCUAUUUGCAGCAAAUAUGGUGGUUUGAAGUUGAUGGUGCAGUGCAAUUCCCUUUCCCACCGGACGUAUACACUCUUUCAUUCAGGAUUCACCUUGGACGAUUCUCCCGAAGGCUUGGGCGCCGUGUCCCCAAUUUUGAUCACACUCAUGGAUGGGAUGUGAAGCCCGUGAGAUUCGGGCUGUCCACUUCUGAUGGCCAAUGCGCCUCAGCCGAGUGCUUCUUAGGCGACCACGGCGUCAAACAUCGUGGCUGUUGGAUCGAAUACAAAGUUGGUGAGUUUGCCAUCAGCAGAUCUGAUCCUCCAACUGAAAUUAAGUUUUCGAUGAAGCAAAUCGACUGCACGCAUUCGAAAGGCGGACUUUGUGUUGAUUCAGUGUCCAUUGUUCCGGCUGACUCCAAAGAUGGACGAGGAGGCAGAGGGGCAUCUUAGGUGACUUUUUGGUAUGCCUUCUACCUUCUUCAAUACAUAAUAUAUAUUCAUACAACCGUAUAAAUUUGUGUGGUUGGUUACUAGGUUAUAAGAUUUUGUGAAAAGCAUCAUCCCUUGUGUAGUUAUUUGUUGUCUGGUCUCUGUUGUUGGCAGAUGCAAUUUUGUUGUCUUGAGAUGCUUUUGUAUAUCAGUAAUAUCAAUAUAUAUCUUGGUGCACGGGUGACAAAAAAUUUUAUUUUCGAUCAUAACUUUAUGGCUUAAUUUUCAUU